AUGCCAGUGCCGUCUGAACCCAUCGAGCGUGUCAGAUGCACGUACAAAGACUGCAACAUGCACUUCAGCACGGAGAAGGCCAUGCGAAGCCACAAGAAGCAUUCGGACGAGCAUGACUACUGCCACAAGUGCGACGAGGACUUCGACUCGUACGAUGAAUUUGCGCACCACAAGAUCACACGCCCUGACAUGCACAACAAAGCCUGCCGGGUAUGCGGCGACGAAUUCAAGUCCGAAUCGGGCUUGAAGCGUCACAUUGAGCUCAACCACAAAGUCGAUCAGAAGCUCACAUGCAUUGGCUGCCGGCAGUCAUUUUACCGCGCUUGUUUGUUUAUUGAACACCUUGAGUUUGGCCACUGCGAUGUGAUCCGUGCCGCCGACUUCCAGGGUCAUAUCGUGCACAAACACCUCAUCACUGAGCUCCUAAAGACAGGCACAGCUUACGACCGAUUCAAGCAGAAGACGGCCCAAUACGACGCGGCACAAGAUGACGAGGAAGAUGGUGGCAUCAAUCUCGAUGACGAUCCAUUGAUGGCAGAUGAAGAGAUUGGAGAGGUGCGAUACGAAGCUCUUAAGCCCGAAACCCCCCCAGAGACUCCCACAACUCCUCAGUACAUGGGACCGUAUCCGCCUCUUCCGUCUCAGGUGGGGAAAACUAGCGGCACUUACUCUGAUAUCACGGCUACUAUGAGCGGUAUGUCUUUGAAUGGAGGUUCGGAGUCUACUACCGUCGUUGGCUCUCCUGUUGCAUCACCAUUUCACGGAGGUUCAAACCAUGGUAGCUCGACCGCUGCGUCUACCAGCCGACAGCUCAAAGUCUGGGGUAGCCGCGAAGGCAAAUCCUCGAGCAGCACCCUAUUCCCCAACGCUAAACCAAACCCUGCACCCAGCGUAAGUGAGUUCUCCAUAGCCGCUCACGACGACCAGAUGGAGAAGUCCCACGGCAUCAACAUCAUGCGCACGCGUUUCUGGGACCCCAUGAGCGACGACUGGAACCCAGAACGUUUCUGGGACCCGGUGGUAAACAAAUACUACUGCCCGUUUGUAUGCGAGCAGACCUUCCCCUCCCCAGCCGACAUGAACAAGCACAUCAUGAACGACCACCGCAUAACACGCAUGAAGUGCCCCAUGUGCCUCAAGUACUUCAGGUCCGCCACAGCCCUCAUGUCGCAUUGCGAGAGUCGAGGAGCCAGGUGCCAGAUCAACAAAGCAGACGACUACAACAUGUUCCUCGACCGCCUGUCCGGUGGCUUCCUCGGCGUCGACGAGAAGACGCGUCCAGACCACCUCAACAAUCCGGUCUCGUUGAUCCAGAACCCUGACACGGGACGUAUGGAAAAGUACAAGCCCCCGACCGCCACGUACCUCCAGUAUGAAGUGACUACACCCCCGGAUUGGAAGGAGCCCAUCAAGUAUGCGGCGCAGAUUGGCGGCUUUCCGCUG